UGUUUAUGUUACUUUUUCUUCACAAACACACCAACUUUUGCUGUCAAUUUGUUUGCAUCAAAUGCAUUGCGAGCCCUUUUGUACAAGUUUUCGCAGAAUGACGCGCCUCUCAUUUCUCCCACUUGAUUUUUUGGGAUGUUCGCGCGCGGGAACAUCGCGAUGUCAGCCUAUAAAUGUCCGCGGACAUUCGGCGGCGCACUCAUUUGUUGUGCAGUGAUCAGUGCCAGUGCCUCAGGAUGUUCGCGCUUGUCGGGAUAGUGACUCUGCUCACGCUAAUCUACUUCGUGUGGACGCGCUGGGAUGUAAUAAAGCUCACUUGGAAGCUUCCUGGGCCGCUGCCCUUGCCGCUCGUGGGCGCGGCCUACAAUAUCCUGGGCAAGAAUCACGAAGAUUAUUUGGAAAUGGUUGAGGGAAUGUUCAAGAAGUACUCCAGCUUUCAUCACUUCUGGCUCGGGCCGCGCUUUUACUUGCUCAUCAGCGAUCCGAAGCUUAUCCAAUCCGUGCUAUUCGCCCAAGAAGCCCUCAAUCGUGACGAUGUGUAUGAUUUCGUGAGUUUGCUGGGCGACGGCGGCGGUUUGCUCACGCUGAAGGGACAAACGUGGAAGAAUCACCGCAAGAACCUCAAUCCCUGCUUCAGUCUCAAGAUCCUGCAGAGCUACAUGCCGAUCUUCAACGAGCAGGCAGGAAUUAUGAUGAAGAACAUGAACGCCAGACUUAAUAAGGGAUCAUUUAAUUUCUACGAGUUCAUGGACGCUUGCACGCUUGACAUGAUUUGUCAAACAACACUUGGAACUGAGAUGAACAUUCAGAAAGGACAGAAUCAGGACUAUCUCUACGCCUGCAACAAUCUCUUCGAAUUGAUCACCAUCAGGAUUUUCAGGCCUUGGUUUCAUUCGGAUUUCCUGUUCAAAUUUUCCGAUUUCCACAAGACAACCGAGAAACUGCGCAAGAUCACGUCGAACUUUGUGGAGAAAGUGAUCGUGAACAAGGCGUCGAGUGACGAAGAGACCAAAGGUCACAAAUCCGAGCGACGUUUGUCUGAAGACGAAUUGACGUCAUACAAGAAGCCGCAGAUCUUCAUCGAUCAAGUGAUGGAAAUGCACAAAGAAGGCAAGCUAGAGACAAUGGUAGACGUGAAGGCGCACGUUGGAACAAAUAUAGCCACAGGCUUCGAAACGUCCGCCUUGAUCAGCAGCUAUUGUGUCCUGAUGCUUGCCAUGCAUCCCAAAAUCCAGCAAAAAGUGUACGAGGAAAUUGAAGGCAUUUUCGGCAAGGAUUGCAAGAAUCCUGUCGUGGAAUACGAACACUUCAACAGACUAGAGUACCUCGAUCGUGUCCUUAAGGAGACGCUAAGGCUCUUUCCUGUUGUUCCUUACUUUGCACGGAAGGUCAGCAAAGACUUCAACUUGGCCGGCCACAAAGUUCCCGCCGGCGUGCGAAUCAUGAUCAGCAUGAUCACAGUGCAUCACGACAAGGAGAUUUGGGGCGAAGACGCUGAGAAGUUCAACCCUGACAAUUUCCUGCCGGAACGCGUGCAGACGCGUCAUCCUUACAGCUACUUCCCCUUCGGCGGCGGCAUCCGCAACUGCAUCGGCAUGAAAUACAGCCUGAUGAGCAUGAAGACGAUGAUCAUCCAUCUGCUGUCCAACUAUCGCCUCAGCACUGAACUGCGAAUGGAGGAUCUGCGCACGAAGAUCGACGUGACGCUGAAGCUGAUCAACAAGCACAUGGUGUCCAUUGAGGCGCGCUAGAGCCUAGGAAAAUGUCAUUAACUUAUUUGUUUUGCAAUUUAGU